UUUCGGGUUGAGUAAAAUAAAGAAAGGGUUUAAUAAAAAAGGUGUGUAAUAUUAUAAUUGUAAUUACAAGCUUUAUUUAUUUAAUUCCUUAUUUCAGGAACACCACAAUAUCUUUUAUUUUUUCACAGAAAUAAACUUUUAUAUAUAUUUUAUAACCUUAUUUCGAUUUAGAGGUAUUUAACUCUUCGGUUUCCAAGCCCUGACAUACAUUUCCCGUAUUCUUUUUCCUAUGUUUUUCUCUUUUUUGACUUGUUUUCAGCAAUCAAAGAUAAUUUUCCCAUUACUCAUGUAAGAUGCUUCAGUUUUUCGCCCCCAACCCGCUUAUCAAUAUCUCGACCUCUGUCGCUCACUCCUUCCAUCUCUUUUUUUCGCAUUUAAUUUGAAAGAUUGCGCCGAUGCUAUCAUAUAACUCGUGUUGUUUUUUUCUACCCGUAUCCCGAGAACUACAUGUUUCACCAAUGCCGCCCCCAAAAAACUCCAGUCCCUGUUUAUGGUAUAACAAAGAAAUUCAGUUUUGAUAGAGGAAACAACAGCCUCCGGAAAGUUCUGUGUGUCAGUUCAAUUUGAAUUUUCGGUAGCAACUGCUGACUCGACAGCAGAGCGGGAAAAUAGAAAAAUAAACCGAAGAAUAUCCAUUAUAUUGCCAUCUAGGAGGUCCUCGAUCUGGGAAAGUUGCCUACUAGGAUACCCCCUGACGUUUGGCAAACUGAAAGUAUCGCGACCCCAACCUUAACCCAAUUUUCCAUCGCAACCACCUACCCGUCAUGCAUUCGCUGUGGUUUCUACUGGUGUUGCUGGCUUUCGUUGGCUCUCGCCCAGGUGUUUCAGCUUUGCGUUGCUACAAAUGCGAGGACUGUGAUGAGAACACUCUGCUGAGUGACAUGGAAGUGUGUGAGGGGUCCCUUGUGAGUGGCAAUGGACAGGGCACACCUGGCAGUUCCAGUGCCAGUCCGAGUCCUGCUCCUGCUCCUGCUCCAUCUCCUGCUGCUUCGCCUGCUCCCAAUCCUCCAGGUACUGCCGGAGGUCCUGCCUCUGGUGCCCCCGCUCCCGCUUCCUCUGAAAACAGCGAAGAGGAGGAGGACUACGAAAGCGAGGAGUCGGAAUCGGCCACCGUGGGCAUCAUGCCAGCAGGAAAUGGUGCAGCCGCGGGAACCGGAACCGGAAAUGGAGCUGCCGGAGGAGCUGCCGCAGAACCUGUCAGCGAAGAGGAGGAGGAAGAGGAAGAAGAGGAGGAGGAGGAACGACGCAGGCGAAAAUCGGUUGCCCGACAGGUGGACCUCGAUAUGCCAAUCGCCUUCUGCUACACAGUGAGGCUCCAACUGAACGAAUCGGUGAUCACCAAAAGGGGCUGCACCACCGCCAGGAUGAGUAAUCAAACUGGGGGAUGCGAGGGACUCUUCGAGAACUGGACUGUGGGUGGAUGCCAACUGUGCCAGGAUGACGGCUGCAAUCAGCCGAUCAACGGAUUAUCAUCGAGUAGAAAACUCGAGCAUUCUUGGACUCUUCUUACACUUACGCUAAUGGCAUUUGUGACUCAUUGGCUGGUCUAAAAAUCACCACACUCCCUGUGGUCAAUUGUUUUGAUUUAUAGAAAUAUAUAAUAUAUGGCCCACAAAUUUUGAUUUCGACUUUGGUGUCUGAGUUCAUUCUUUUUCGGGAGCCGCAUGAUAUGUCUAUUAAUGGCUCGCUUACCACUGAGCAAUGAGCGCACCUGAGCUAUUUUCGCCUAAUUGUUUAAUUGGCAUCGAUAAGGUAUUUUCCCUUAUGGUGGGAAAGUGCCUGCUCAUUGAGAUCGUUUAUUUACCUGCAACCGUAUCGAAAUCAAAUUAAUUAUUAGCUGUCGAUAAGUAGAAUGGGUGCUUCCGUUUAAAUACGAUUUCAUGACUUCAUGCUACCGUUAAACUGAUAAAAUCAUAUACUGAUCAAGUGGACAAAGCGUUUAGGCCCACCGAUAAGCGUUAGGAAGUCGAGUGGCAAUUGCUGCCUAAAGCGUUUUUUUUACCAGAUUUAUGGUAUUAUUUUCGGGGUCCGGAAUUGAGGUGGGUUCUUAAUACAGCGAUGAGGAAA